CUCUCUCUCUCUCUCUCUCUCCCGCCCUUCUCUCCCCAAAAAAACCCUCGCUCUCAUUAUUUCACCCUUAAAAAUCCAUGAGAAAUUACCAAUUUACCCCUAUCUUGCUCCUCUCUCUCCUCCUCGUCCCCUCCCCCGCCGCCGCCUGCUCCUCCGGCGCGUGCCAGCUUCUUGAUUCUUGCUCACGUGCCGACGACUGCUCCGCGGGACUCUACUGCGGCAAGUGCGCCGCCGCCGGCAAGAAACAGCCCAUCUGCGUCCGAGGGCAAGCAAACCAGCCCGCCUCGAUCGUGAAGGACUUGCCUUUUAACAAGUAUACUUGGAUAAUGACGCACAAUUCGUUCUCGAUUGAUGGUGAGCCAUCUUCUACUGGAGUUCCGAGGGUUACAUUUUAUAAUCAAGAAGAUACCGUCACGAAUCAGCUGAGGAAUGGUGUUAGGGGAUUGAUGCUUGAUAUGUAUGAUUUCGAGGGGGAUGUUUGGCUCUGCCACUCGUUUCAAGGGCAGUGCUACAACUUCACUGCAUUUGAACCAGCGAUUAAUACUUUAAAGGAGGUGGAAGCUUUUUUAUCCCAGAACCCCUUGGAGAUUGUGACUAUAAUAAUUGAAGAUUAUGUUCAUGCUCCAAAGGGGUUGACCAAGCUAUUUACAAAUUCUGGGUUAACUACGUAUUGGUACCCUGUGACAGCGAUGCCUGCUAAUGGUAAAGAUUGGCCGAGUGUGUCGGAUAUGGUUGCAAGGAACCACCGGUUGUUGGUCUUCACUAAUAUUGCAUCAAAGGAAGCGGAUGAAGGGAUUGCUUAUCAGUGGCGAUACAUGGUGGAAAAUGAGCCUGGAGAUCCAGGGCUUGUUCCAGGCUCAUGUCCCAACAGAAAGGAAUCACCACCACUGAAUUCCAAAUCAUCAUCUCUGUUUCUUAUGAAUUACUUUCCAACAUUUCCUGUUCAGAAUGAAGCCUGCAAAGAGCAUUCAGGUGCACUUGGUGAAAUGGUUAAUGCAUGUUACAAAGCAUCGGGAAAUGUAGUGCCUAACUUUUUAGCAGUCAAUUUUUACAUGAGAAGUGAUGGAGGAGGUAUUUUUGAUAUACAAGACAGAAUAAAUGGAUUAAACCUCUGUGGAUGCAAGACAAUUGCUGCUUGCCAGGUGGGAGCUCCAUUUGGAGUGUGCAAGAACAUCGGAUCAUCUAACUCUAAUCCUCCCCCAUCAAUUAAUAAUAGAGGAGGUAUUAUCUCCGGAACUAUAGAAUUGUCGGGAUCAGCUUCUACAACAGUCCACACUUCUGAUCCUCUGUUGGUAAAACUGCUUCUAACAUUAACGAUUACGGCAUUGUUAUUGUAGUCUUUAUCACUCACCGUGUCACAGUGUGCAUUAUUUGUUAAUGAGUCUUUUUCCCCUCUCUUUUCAUGAGGACUUAUUUUUCCCUAUGAACUGUAUUUGUAUCAAUUGUACAAACUUAAGGGUCCAGGUUGUUUAAUUGAUUAUCACUUCACCACACCACAGUGUGCAUUAAUUGCUAAUGAGAAAA